AACUGGCUGUUUUAUAGUUUAGAGGUAAACUCAAAACCUGAGCGCUGCAUGAGUGAACUGUACUGUUUUAUACAGUUUAAAACGUUAAUAAAACCUUUAUACUCCAGCAGAACUCAGUUACAGUGAGCAGAAAUGUGAUAUAAGAUUUGGAAGCUUUGAGGAAACAGAACCAGGCGCUGCUGGAGAAGCUGAAGCUGCAGAGCGAGAAGCUGCAGGAUAUGGGAGGUUUAGCGGCUUCGGGCGGCGAAGGAGGAGCAGCAGAGAGCGGUAAAUCAGAGCGGAAGACCCCGCUGAGCUCCGGGGAGGACCUGGCUGCUGGUACCGGUGGAUAUAAGACUGUAGACUCCAGCGAAAAGGACCGCGGGGACGACCGUGUUGUUACCACCGUGUCUGUGGGUAAUAACAGGCGGCCACGCGAUGCCCGGGAGGCGCUGUGUAAACCGAGGAGUGUAAAAACAGCCGUGGUGUGGGAUCAGAAGCCAGAUAAUAUCACUGCGGAAGCUUCGACACCAGCAGGACAUGUAACUGAUCAAUACCGACCUUCAGAAGAUGCCCCAUAUGUGACAGUUCUGCAGCACCAGGGGAACAGUCGCUUCCAGGAACAGAUCAUCAGUAAGAGACAGAUGCAGCGCAGGCCUGCUCUUCUCGUGCAGGAAAAAGAGCCUAGAGGCUUGGACAGAGUCAUGUGUCUGUCUCCUGACCUAGACCUGGAGUCCACCUCAGAGAGACAGCGUAUGCAGCCAUUACUGGGAUACGACUGGAUUGCAGGUCUGCUGGAUGCAGAGAGCUCGCUGACUGAGCGCUCAGAACAGUUCUUCACUGAGCUGCGCAGCUUUCGCCAAGUCAACAAAGAUGAAUGUGUCUACAGCCAGUCAUCGGGCCUUCCUGUUGUAGCAGACCCUUGGUUAUCCUCAGCAGAAGAAGAUGCAGCUAACCAAGAGCAUGCUCCAGAUACUCACCAGUGUACAUUCUGCUACAGAAUCAACAGUCGUCUGUUUGCUGCUCCUCUGGAUCCUCAGGCUGCGUGUCCCGUAUGCAAGAAGCCUAAGUCCAGGCACCCACACACUGAGCAGGAGCCCGCCUUUAUUAGGGUUAGUAUUCCUCGCUCCACUCUGCUCCCUGCAUACCGAUACAGAGCUCACCGCCGCAGCAGUUUCGACCCCUCAGAUACUCUUGGUUUGCCAUCGCACUGUUUGUCUGGAUGGUCAAACCCCAGCCUGACACUAGGCUCCCAGAUGAGCAGUCUAGAUCUGAGGAGCUCCAUGGUGAACAGACCAGACACAGGGUCGGUGUCUUCAGCUCAGCUUGAGAAUCAACUGAAUGUGUCCGUGUCCAGAGCAGCAGGAAGCCAGCGUUCUGACCAGCUUUUGGACGUGUCUCGAUUGGCACGAUACCACUUCCAGCAGCUUGGCCCUGAGAGGACUAAAGCCACCAAGAGCCUGUGUACUAAUUAAUUUCACGCUCCCGACAGCUGCUUCUGAGUGAAGUUGUCCUGUUCUGUUCGACUGCUGGACCUGAGAAAAAUGUGUAGAAGAUUAUGGAAGUUCUAGUAUAGAUAUUUUUGGCUUUUUACAUUGCAAUUAUGAUUGGAACUUCACAUUUAUUAGUUUGUGAGCUCAUAAGCAUCAUCGCUAGUAGCACUAAACAAAUGGUGUUACUAUGAAAUGAAGAGCAUUUGACUGAAAAAGCGACACAAUCGACAGCCUCUUAUCUCUUGAUCUCUUUUUUUCCCCUUUCUUUUGAAACAUGAAAAGCACUGUAGGUUUAAAAUGUUGAGAUAAGGGUUUGGUAUACAGAUAAGAAAAGGUCAAACCAGAUGGCUGGAAGUAAACAGUGAACACUACACCUCUUAACAAAUAGUCCACCUACAGUUGAAACAAGAAGUGUACAUACACUAUAUAAAAAGACACAUGCGCAUGUUUUUCUCACUGUCUGACAUUAAAUUUAAAUAAACAUUUCCCUUUUUAGGUCAAAAAGGAUUAGCAAAAUUGUUUAUAUUUGCUAAAUGCCAGAAUAAGGAGAUAAAGAUAUUUUUUAAGCCAUUUUAUUACUUCCUGCAAUUAUAUUUUACUUUAUUAGUAUUUGGUACCAUUGCCUUUAAACUGUAUGACUUGGCUCAAAAUUUUGGAUAUCCUUCCACAAGCUUCUCACCAUAGUUGGUAGGAAUUUGGGCCUAUUCCUUCUGACAAAACUGGUGUAACUAAGCCAUGUUUUUAGGUUGAGAUUGAGAUCAGAGCUUUGUGAUGGCCACUCUAAAACAUUGACUUAAUUUGUUAUUCUUAAUCCACUUGUAAACAGUUUAGCAGUAUGCUUUUGGUCAUCGUCCAUUUGGAAGACCCAAGCUUGAUGUCUUAAGUUGCUUCACUAUUCCCACAUAGUGUUCUUUCCUUAUGAUGCCAUCCAUUUUGUAAAGUGUACCAGUCCAUCCUGCAGCAAAACAACUCCACAACAUGAUGCUACCACCCCCGUGUUUCACACUUGGGAUGGUGUUCUCAGGCUUGCAAGCUUCUUCCUUUUUUCUCCAAACUUAACCAUUAUGGCUAAACGGUUCAAUUAAAUUUUUAUACACAGGACAUGUCUCCAAAAUUAAGUCUUUGUUUCUGUGUGCAUUUGCAAAUAUUAAUCUGUUUUUUAUGUUCCUUUUGAAAUUAUGGCUUUUUUUUUUGGCAGCGUGGCCUUUCAGCCAUGUGAAUACAGUACUAUGUGUUUCACUGUGGAUAGCUUCAUUAGCAUCUUUACAAGGUCUUUUGCUUUUGUUCUUGGGUUGAUCCGCACGUUUUCGGACCAAAGUUCACCUCUGGUACACAAUACCCGUGUCCUUCCUCAGUGGUAUGAUGACUGGACAUUUCCAACUUGUUUGUACUCGUAUAAAUAUGUAUUUGUACAGAUGAACAAGGCACCUUCAGGCAUCUUGAAUUUGCACACAAGGAUCAACCAGAGUUGUGCAAGUCCACAAUUCUCUUCCUGAUAUCUUGGCUGAUUUCUUUAGAUAUUCCCAUGAUGUUACACAACGGAGCAGUGUGUUAUAGGUGUGCCUUAAAAUAUGUCCACAGGCGAGUCUCUAAUUAACUAAGAUAUUGCCAAUAAACCUACCAAAGAAGCUUCCAAAGACAUAUGGGCUGUCCUAAAUUGUUUAAAGGCUUAGUAUUCUUAGUUUAUGCUAGUGUAAGCUUUUGGCUUUGCAGAAAGUAUUUAAAAUGUUUUAUAAAUUCUCUUACUCUCAUUCUGGCGUUUGGCAAAUAUAAAUAAUGUUUGUAAUCAUAAUUGACGUAAAACAGGAAAGGUCUUGUCUGAUUUCAUGUCAGGCAGGGAGAAAAACAGGCAUAUGUGUUUUUUUUAUGUAGUGAAUGCAAACUUCUGGUUUUAAUUGUAGGUUUCUGGUAGGUGCUUUGGUACCCUGUGUGAUGGACUGUCGCCCUGGCCCGAAGAUAUUGCUGUGUUAUGCCCCUUGACUUAGAAGAAAUGGAAAAUGGAUGAAAUUAGAGAUGAAAACCUGACGAACAUCAAUUUCCAUAUGAGAGAUUUUAAUUUUUUGUCCCAUGCACAUUUUGUGAAUUGAAAAUUAUACAGAAAGUCAAGGAAAACUGCAAUUGUGUGCCAUGAUAUCAGCUGUGUUUGUCUUUAUGUGAUUUGUAACUGUUAUGAGUUUAAUAAAACUGCUUCUAUUAAAAAAAA